AUUGUAGCUUCAUUUUCAUCAUGGCUGUGCUGUACCUCAGUUUUCUGUUCCAGCUAUUCUUCUGUCUUGUUUUUUCUUUACCCACAGGUCGAAACUCCAUUUGCGGUUAUAGGUCAUGUCCAGCCACAAAUCCUUCCAUGCUGAAUGUCCAUCUGGUUCCUCACACACAUGAUGAUGUUGGCUGGCUCAAGACUGUGGAUCAGUACUACUAUGGAGACCGAAACAACAUCCAGCAUGCAGGAGUUCAGUAUAUUUUGGACUCGGUAAUAGACCAGCUACAGAAGGAUCCAGCCCGAAGGUUCAUCUACGUAGAGACGGCCUUCUUUUACCGCUGGUGGAGGCAACAGAGCCAGAGCACACAGAAAAUUGUAGCACAGCUGGUCAAUGAGGGUCGUCUUGAGUUCAUAAAUGGUGGCUGGUGCAUGAGUGAUGAGGCCACCACACACUACAGCGCUGUCAUAGAUCAGAUGACUCUGGGUCUGCGAUUCACAUGCAACCAGUUGGAGGUGCUUGGUGGGCCCAAGUCCAAAUCAGGACCCUUUGGUGAAGGGGACAGUGAUACCAUGAAGAGGGCGAUGGGUGUUGCCCAACAUCACGAUGCUGUGUCUGGGACAGAGAAACAGCAUGUGGCAUAUGACUAUGCUAGGAGACUGGCUACAGGCUGGGCACAUUGUGAGGUGCUGGUUCGUAAUUCUCUGGCUGUUCUCAGUGGUUCUGAAGCUCCACGUGUGUUCUGUGAGAAUCUCAACAUCAGUGUGUGUCCCCUCACAGAAAGCAGCCAUAAGUUCUCUAUGAAUGUGUACAAUCCUCUGGGCAGGACUGUAAGCUGGCCUGUUCGUUUGCCUGUCAAUGGUUCAGUGUACAAUGUUACUGAUGCAAACGGGAGAGCAGUGGACAGUCAGGUGGUUCCACUGUCUAAGUCCACACAGGAAGUAAGGCGGAACAGGGGUUAUGCUAAAGGUGAGCUAGUUUUCCAAGUUGAAGCUCCUCCUCUUGGCUACAGUACAUACAUCAUCUCCAUGCUUCGGGAUGAGCCUCCAGCAUCCAGCGCCAAACCCACAGCCACUCGCUCCAUUCAGAACAAGUUCUUGAAGGUGACCUUUGACGACACCACAGGUCUGUUGAGCAGCCUGACAAACCUGGAAACGGACCAAACCAUUCAACUCACUCAGAACUUCUACUGGUAUAAUGCAAGUGCUGGGAAUAACAAGGAGAGCCGUCAGACGUCGGGCGCUUACAUCUUCAGACCAAAUUCUUCAGACCCCUUCGUCAUUAACAAGACUGCUGAAACACAGAUCGUUACAGUGUCCAGCACAGCUCAAGAGGUAACACAGAGGUUCAGCCCAUGGGUGUCUCAGGUUGUCCGUUUGUAUGAGGGCCACAGGGAACUGGAGCUGGAGUGGACUGUGGGACCCGUGCCUGUUGCAGAUGGUUUAGGGAAAGAAGUGAUCACUCGUUUGGACACAGACAUCAAGUCCUCUGACUAUUUCUACACUGAUUCAAAUGGCAGAGAGGUUCUAGAGAGACGGAAAGAUUAUCGGCCCACGUGGGAAUUGAAGCAAACCGAGCCAGUCGCUGGGAACUACUAUCCAAUCAAUUCUCGCGCUUACAUCAAGGAUGACAAGCAUCAGCUGACAGUGGUGACCGAUCGCUCUCAAGGGGCCAGCAGCAUCUAUAACGGCUCGCUGGAAAUCAUGCUGCACAGGAGACUGCUGUAUGAUGAUUUUAGGGGGGUGGGAGAGCCUCUUUCUGAGCCGGGAGAGUUUUCUGAUGGUUUAGUUGCCCGAGGGCGUCUGCUGCUGACCCUCUCUCCACCAGACACGGCCGCAGAUGUCCACAGACCCCUCGCACAGGGUAUGGUGCUCCAACCCCUGCUCUCCUUCCAGGACGGCACACCUUCUGCCAACACUAAACUGGAGUUCUCUGGGCUUCAGACUUCUCUGCCCCCUGCUGUUCACCUGUUGACACUGUCUCAGUGGGAUAAAGACACGGUUCUGAUUAGGCUGGAACAUCAGUACCAGGCCAAAGAGAGCAAAACACACUCGCAGCCUGUUACAGUCAACCUACAGAAGCUGUUUUCUACUCUCGAGGUGCUCGGAGCAUCUGAGAUGAGUCUAGGGGCAAAUCAGUGGAAAGAGGACAUGAACCGCUUGCAGUGGAACACAGAAAAGACAUCAAAGCCCCUUCCUCUCAGUGACAAAGACCCCUCACCAUGGGAAGUGACACUAAACCCAAUGGAGAUCCGCACUUUGUUGUUACGGGUACGACAGCUGUAGAACUGACAACCUCCAGGUCACUGCAAGAGCAAAUCAGAGUGUAGCAUUGGAGUAUCCAAACUUGCCACUGAUUCAUAAAGAGCUCAACUACACUGCAUCAUCCAACUAGAACUGGUUCUAGGGACCAAAAAUCUAUCAAUCUAAAGUUUUUUCUUUGUGUUUUUUUUUUUUUGGAUAUGGAUAUUCAGCACACAUAGUGUGCCAUAUGUUCAUAAAGAUGUAUAUGACCCACAAGAAUUUCAAGUUUUUAUUUCUUCUGCAUUUAUCUCUUGGGCUCUACUUUGGUUAGCCACUGGCCAAAUGGGCAUCUUGUAUUUUUUCAUCUGUGUUGUAGACACAGAUCUCCUAAUAUUCAUUUGUGCAAUAAUUUGAUUGUAUUUUUCUACUGUGCCUUUCAUAUGAAAAUGACACUUUUUUU